AUGAGUUUAUUCCAAGUUCUCCUACUGACAUGUGUGUUGACGCUUAUGGUAAAUGGACAUAAAUCCUGCUCCAGAAAUGCUGGUCUUAUGAAGAGUAUCCAAUACCAACUUAAACUCGUUGAGGACAAUGAUGGAAAAUGUGAUUGUACAGGAAGAGUUUCAGAAUCAGGCAAAGUUGCGUUUAUGGCUAAAAAUUCAGCUGCUUUACAGAAUAUUCCGGCGAAAUCUACUGUAGUAUACAAUACAGUAAUAACAAAUGUAGGCCACGGGUACGAUAAAACUACUGGAAUAUUUACUGCUCCUACAAAUGGUGUCUACAUUUUUUCCUGGAAUGUCCUUACUCAUGCUGGCAAAUACUUCUUCACUUAUCUAACUCUAAAUGGAAAACUGAUAGUCAGAAACUACACUGGUGCACAGAAAAUUGCAGACCACAUCUCAUCAAGUCAGAAUGUUGUUCUCGAAAUAAAUAAGGACGAUAAAGUAUUCAUAAAGGUUCAAGAUGGAUAUACCGGACAGUACAUGUUUGGUGAUGAUUGGUCAUCUUUCAGCGGUUAUAAACUAUAAAAGCUAUAUAAAAUAAAAACACAAUUGUCAGAUA